GACUGGAAGAAGCCCGCAAGGAACAAGCGGCUCAGUCCGAGCAGCGGCAGAGCGAGAGUGAGGAGCCAAGCAGCAGGCACGAGACCACGUCCACAUCCACAGAUCUCUCGGAUACGGAUCUGCACGACCCGGAUGCCUGCUGCGCCCAAAGCUGCAGCUCUCCAUCCAGCCAAGGCUGUCAAGCCUGCUGUUCAAGAACUUGGGCCACCGCGCGUGUUCCGCUGAGGCAGUUCGUGUUGCCGGUUCGCCUGGCCUUUGGCAAUCGACGGCUCCGUCGACUUUGGUUCGCCGGAUUCUUGCUGAUGUUCGCCGGCCAGCUGGUCAUGGACAUUGGCGGGCAAUACUUCAAUCAGUCGAUGGGGCUCAUCCCCUACGGCACGAAGCAGGAGAUCAUCACGGUCGCGGUCCUGACGAUGAUCCCAGGCCAGCUGCUGGCGAUCCCCGGGAACCUCAUCACCGGCUACCUCUCGAAACGCGGAGGGCCGCUGUUCCUGCUGCGCCGGAUGAUCCCUUUGUCUUCCUUCCUGGUCACCGUCGGAGCCCUGAUGGCGGAGGUUCGGCAGAUGUGGUUCAUUGCCGUGGUCGUGAUCUGUCUGAACUACGCCGGCCUCCCGAAUGUUCCGCUCAUGCGCUUGGCCUCCGGGGUCGCGCCGCCUGGUCGCGUGGGUGAGGCGCUGAGCUCCAUCGGCAUCGCAGCCCAGCUCGCCAGCCUCAUCGGCAAUAUUGCCGUGGCGAUCCUGAACCGAUGGCUCAUGAGCACGGAUCUCUACGAUCCUCUUUGGAUCUACUAUCCCGUGUGCGGCACACUCUCGCUCUGCGCGAUCAUCCCGCUGAUCGGGACUCCCCGUGGCGGUUGGGGCUCCGCAAGCGGUGACCUGCAGGAACAGUUCAUGGCUGUCGUCUAUGCGCACAAGGCGAUGCAGCGAUGGAAGAAGGAGGUGGCACGUCGACGGGAACACGGCGAGUUAAAGCCUAAACCGUAA